AUGGAAGCCAUUGCCAAGUUUGAUUUCACCGCCUCGGGUGAAGAUGAGCUGAGCUUUCACACCGGAGAUAUUCUGAAGAUCUUAAGUAACCAAGAGGAGUGGUUUAAGGCAGAGCUUGGGAGCCAAGAAGGAUAUGUGCCCAAGAAUUUCAUAGACAUCCAGUUUCCUGAGUGGUUUCACGAAGGCCUCUCGCGACACCAGGCAGAGAACUUACUCAUGGGCAAGGAGGUUGGUUUCUUCAUCAUUCGGGCCAGCCAGAGUUCCCCAGGCGACUUCUCCAUUUCCGUCAGGCAUGAGGAUGAUGUUCAGCACUUCAAGGUCAUGAGAGACAACAAGGGGAAUUACUUCCUGUGGACAGAGAAGUUCCCAUCCCUAAAUAAGCUGGUGGAAUACUACAGGACCACGUCUAUCUCCAAGCAAAAGCAGAUCUUCCUUCGGGAUAGGAUGCGAGAGGAUCAGGGUCGCCGGGGCAACAGCCUGGACCGGAGGCCCCAGGGGGGCCCACACCUCAGUGGGGCUGUGGGAGAAGAAAUCCGGCCUGCAAUGAACAGGAAGCUGUCGGAUCACCCACCACCCCCUCCGUCGCAGUAUCCCCCGGCUCCACCGUCACAGCAGCGGUACCUACAGCAGCACCAUUUUCAUCAGGAACGCCGUGGAGGCAGCCUUGACAUAAACGACGGGCACUGUGGCAUGAGCAUGGGCAGCGAAAUGAAUGCUGCUCUCAUGCACCGAAGACACACAGACCCGGUGCAACUCCAAGUGGCUGGGCGAGUGCGAUGGGCCCGGGCGCUGUAUGACUUUGAGGCCCUUGAGGAUGACGAGCUGGGGUUCCGCUCCGGAGAGAUGGUUGAGGUCCUGGACAGCUCCAACCCGUCCUGGUGGACUGGCCGCCUGCACAAUAAACUGGGCCUCUUCCCUGCCAACUAUGUUGCACCCAUGAUCCGAUGA